AUGGCGCUUGCCCUGUCAACUAUUACUAGCGCCCUUCCAAGCAACGACAUCAUAAUUCCGCCGCCCAAGCCUGCCCCAGACGUUCUUGAGGAGCUUUUCAACUUUACUGUGACGGGCUUCGAAGCCCAAGCAGUUAUCGCAAGUGACAGGACCUACAUCAAGUUCCACGUCGUCCCAUUUGAGGGCGCCACGUCCGCUCACUGUUUCGCCCUCGGCACGACCGCUACUCAUUCCCUGACUUCCUUCCCUCAAACCUGGUGCCACCACGGCGGUGACGAGGAGGCCGAUGACUCGGCCACGACAUCCGUUCAGGACCCCACCCAUGACCACCUCUGGUUUUCCUUUACCCUGGGCACCGAUUUCGACCCGAUUAACCCCACCACCACCGACGGUAUUUGGAGUAUGAGUAGCGGCUCUGGCGCGUAUCUGAAGGUGACACGCCAGGUUGAUGCGCAUACUCGUGAUGAAGCGUUUGUACAUAUCCAAGACACGUCCUUGACAGUGCUGGGAGAGGGUUUGUGGGCUCAUGAGGUGUACACCGGGCCAGUCAACUUUACUAUGCCGGCCUUCAGGGCGAAAGAGUUCGGCCAUUGA